GUUUAUUUAAUAAACUCAGCUUAGAUGAUAUUUGGGAUGGUGAAAUGAAAAAAAUUGACAUGGUAGAGAGGAGAAAGGGAAUCAAGUUAAGUGAAUGUAUGAUAUGAGAUAUGAUGAAGGGUGGUCAAGAAAUCUCUAAAACGCCUUCCUCUUCUAAGAGAACACUUUCAAGUCAGGGUUCAGUUGAUGUAUAUGCUGCGCAGUGCAAAAAUUGCUUGAAAUGGAGAGUGAUUGAUACGCAGGAAGAGUUUGAAGAGAUUAGAAGUAAAGUCAGUGAGGAACCUUUUCUUUGCAGCACAAAGGCUAAUAGUUCCUGUGAUGAACCUGCUGAUAUUGAGUAUGAUUCCACUCGUACGUGGGUCAUUGACAAGCCUAACCUCCCGAAGACACCACAAGGGUUUAAGAGGAGCUUGGUCCUUAGAAAAGAUUACUCCAAAUUGGACGCUUACUACAUCACACCUGCAGGCAAAAAACUGAGAACCCGCAACGAGAUAGGAGCAUUUCUAAAAGAUAAUCCAGAAUUCGAAGGUGUAUCUGUUACAGAUUUUGAUUUUUCUUCCCCAAAGAUAAUGCAAGACACCAUCCCAGAGAUUGUUGAGCAGAAGGAUUCUGCUAACAAGAAAGUUAAGAUAGCCAAAGAUGAAGUUUGAAAAAUAUCAUCUCAAGUUUGCAUGUUGUGAAAGAUGGUCAUUCUGGCGGGUUUGUUGGAUAUUACUUUAGAGAUUAUACAUGGUAAAACCAAACCUGGUGGCAUCGAAACAAUUGUGUUGUGUCAUUGUAUUAUAUUUAACUAUAUUCUCAGUGUGUUGUUCAAAUGUAAUCGCACACCUAAGCAGAUAUUUUCUGUCUUGUAUGGUUCAAAAGUAAACAGAAAACCGGAAAAGAUAUGCACUGUAUUCUUCUAUGCACACCCCUAUUAUUUUGUUUCCCA